CAUCAGCGCUUGCUCAGGACACAGCAUUGCGCUCCUCUACCAGUAAGCUUCCAGCAUGGAACAACUCAACUCCACUGUGGUGACUCCUAAUGUGUCCUCUUCUCCUGGACCUGUCUCCUGGCAGUCCACCGGUCUGGCCCCUGCUGUGGUGCUGUCCAUCUGCUUUCUGCUGGGAGUUCCUGGAAACAUCGCCGUGAUCGUCCUCAAACCAAACUGGCAGCAUUUGUCCAGUCUGAGCCAGAGUCUGAUGCUGAAUCUUGCUGUGUCAGACCUGCUCUGUCUGCUGACACUUCCAUUGUGGAUUUACACUUUGGUCUAUAGCUGGACCUUCAGCGUGGCAUCCUGUAAGCUCCUAGCAUACAUCGUGUACUGCAGCAUUUAUGGCAGCCUGCUGACCGUGACGCUGCUGAGUGUCCAGCGCUACUUACUGGUGGUGCACGUGCAGAGGUGUUUGCAAAACGUAGGAAGCAAAAGGCUGAUGGCUCUUCUCUGGCUGGUUGCCAUGAUCCUGUCCACCCCGAGUUUAGUGGUUCGACAGCCGAUCUCAGAUGAGCACUGGACGCGUUGCGAAGCUCACUACUCAUCCGACGCACAGUGGAUAGCUGAGCUGAUGACAGAGUCCGUGGUGGGAUGUGUUUCAUUUUGUGUCAUGGCGUUUGCAUACAUAAGUCUCAACAGAAAGGUGAACAAGUCGCCCUUUUUCAACAAUCCACAGACCACCAGACUGGUCACCAGCAUCACCGUGACCUAUUUCGUCCUGUGGGUGCCGUAUCACACCGUAAAUGUGCUGGGUGUGGCUGCCAUUUCGCUGAAGGAUGAGGGCCUGUUGAUGUUUUGCAUGGCCUCCUGGAACAUAGUUGGAGCAGUGACUUUUGUGAACAGCUGUGUGAAUCCAGUCCUUUAUGCAUUUAAUUCUCACAACAUGUGUUCUGUGUGCAAAAGACGUGAACGCUCAACGCUACAAAAUCCCCGAACCCUUUCUAUGACGGCAAGCACCACUGCAGAUGCAAGACUUCCAUAAGUUUCAGGAAUCUGUUUUGCUCCUGCAGGUCUGAAAACAAAGUUUUCAGUCUAAAUACGUCGUCUUCUCCGCUGAUAUGCAUUGGGUGUGGUUCUCUGUGUUUGUCAGAGCGAACUGUUGAUGAUUUGUGGCUUAAUGAUGAAUUUUGCGGUUAGGCAAUAUCUCCCUUCAAAUCAACUUGUGUGGGGAUUAUAUCUGGUCCUCAGCCAGAGCUGUGGGAAUGGAAGUUUGUUGAGAAGACAUAAAACAAUGCUUAACUUAUAUCCAGUUGCAUACUUUUUUUAAAAUUAGGUUUUAACAAUAUUUCUUUUCUUGCACAAUUUUUUUUUUGACUGUGAAAUAAUGCAAAUGAUUGUCACUGAUAAUGAAAUAAUAAUCGUCUUUCUUAGCUUAGUUUUUAUGAGAGAGAUCUGCUCAGAGGAAACUAACGAAAAGAUUGAAUAAAUAUUUGCACUGGUGUUCACCCAGCGACAAAAAUGACCGUCUUUCUCCACUCCAACAGAUAGACGAAAAUCCGAUAAGAAGGGUAAACCUAUUUUUUACACAUGUCUUGCACAUAGCUUCAUGCCAUUUAAACAAAAUAUGUGAUGUGCUAUCUUUGAAAUGAAUGCUACUGACUGAACUGACUAAACUUUGCACUUUCGGUGACUAAAGUGUUACUAUCGCAGGUGGAAGAGGCUGUAAAAGUAGGAAGAUCACUUGAUAAAAAAAUACUUCUGCAUUCAAAAUGUCACUUACAGAACAAGUUUGACAUUUUAGACAACAUGCUUAUUCCCUUUUAUAUGAGAGUUCCACAAGAAGAGUGACACAUAAACAUAAAUAUGAAGCUAGGAACUGACUAACUGAAGCGUAGUUACGUCUGACUUUAUUUUUCUCGCAAACGCAGAGUGAUGAGUGGUGGUUUGUUAGUCAGUGUAUAUAAACCAGCUUCAGAGGUGCCCUGUCACCUUCAAACCUUUUCCAGUCUUUAAGCUAAGCCACGCUAACCAGCAGCUGAAUGUAGCAUAGUGUUGACCUGAUUAACAGGCAGGAGAGUGGUAACAGCCUUCUCCUCACAAAAAUACAUGCAGUUCAUACAGUCUGUUAAUAUUUGAUUGAAAUAUCAGUGCAAAAAGUAUGAGUAUAUACAUGUAUAUGUAUGCAUAAAUCUCCAUUUUGCAGACAGUAGAGAUGAAUUCAUUUUUGUAGAGCUCUAUUUUACCAAUGCAAUGUUCUGAAAUGUCCAUAAUGGCGAAAGUAACUUUAAAGUAAUAAGUGUAGUGGAAUAGAAAGAAAGUUAUUUCCCAUAACGUCUGAAGUAUUUGUGCAGUAUAUUUUAUGUAUGUAUUGUGUGCUUAUAUUGUGUUGGUCCAUUGUAUUAGUUUGUAUAGUGCUCGAGCACAGAGACUUCCAGAUUUCCAGAUAGCUUCUGUUUCUCUAUCAGAGGUUUUAUUACACAGCCUCUGUGACCAUACUUAGUGUCUGUACAAAUAAUGUUCAAUAAAGUCUCGCAUUGUUCAUCCGCUGACGUGUCUUGUGACAUUUGGCACGUCCACAUCUGCAUCUUUUUCUUUUCUUUUCAAUCUUUCUCUCGCUGAAAGACUGCAGCUGACACAAGCGCUGAUAUGUUUUGUGUUCCAGGAGACCCACGGGCUCUUCCUCCGCGUGUGUGGCAGAGAAAAGGGGCUUUUUCUUGGAGAAGCUCUG